AUGUCUUUCUAUCCUCUACUUUAUUUUGGCGUCGAGCUGGAACUCAACGUCGCUUACAUUUACCCAAAUGAAGUGAUCGAAGACAUCACAGAACUUAAGCCAUCCUCUUUCAGGCCAACGGAAUCCAUGAUCGACCAAGCUUCAGCCUAUCUUUUCCGAAACAAAAUUUCCUACGCGAAGCUUUUCAACGAAAAGAAUUUCAGCGAUGAAAUUCUCCGAAUUGAAGUCAUGAAACGCACCAUCUACCAAUCUAUACGAGACGACCUUCGCGCAGCGGGACUACCAAUCAAUCAAACUCCAGCCCAGGUGUCCCCUGUUUUGGUUGACGUCUCAAAGUGGGACAUUGAAGGUGAUACCAGUAUCAGUCCGCCCAAUAACAAAUACCACUGGCUCGGUGUUGAACUAAAAUCUCCUGCUUACGACUUCACACCGGAGAAUCUUGCAGCUGUUCAAAAGGUAUGUAAAAUCUUAACCACGAAGUAUUUGACGAACACCAAUGAAAGCACAGGUCUACAUGUGCAUGUCUCAUUUGGAACUGACAUUAGAUGGAGACUCAGAAGCGUGAAGCAAGCCAUGAUGUUCUUCUGGGCCUUCCAUCACCAAUUCGAUACACUUCAUCCAGCUAACAGACAGGGCGAUUCUCAAUACACGCAGAGCAUGAGGGGAUAUUCUUCUAUGUCAGCCAAUCAUCUCACACAGACCGGACAUCGUAUCACAGCAUACGAAGGUUGCAAGCUGCUAGAGAAACAUGAGGAUAUGGAAGCAUUGGUAAGAGCUGUAUGCGAGGAAGGAACUGUCCCCAAUCGAUACAUGGCGUACAACGUCAAGCCCAUCUUCAACCUCCUGCGGCCUGACUUGUCGAGCGAAACUCCGAAGACCACAAUCGAGUUUCGACAGCAUGAGGGGACGUUAGAUGGAGAACGUGUGACUCAGUGGGUAAAGUUACUUUGCGGAGUCAUCAGGUGGAUCGAGAUAGUGGAGCCGUCUAGUCUCAUGAACUUAAUGAGGUUAACGAAGCAUGAGACAUGGAGCAAGACUGGUGAUAAAGCUCAAGAUGAUCUGAACGAGAGUAAGUUCGGUCCUGUGCUCGCAGAAGGACCAUUCAUGAUCACAGAUCUGCUCGAACAUAUGAGCUUACAAGAAUCAGCGGAUUUUUAUCGACGUAGGCUGUAUGAAGUUAGUGGUGGAGUAUCUGAGGACCAAGAAUUUGUGCAAGUAUAA